CUCACCAGCCAGCAUUCUUAUCUCUCUCUCUGUUAUGCAUAAAAGCAAGAAAGAGAAGAAGGAAGUGGGAAAAGAAAGAAAGAAAGAAAGGAAUCUCUGCCAUGAAUGCAUAUUUGCUUCCUUUACACCCAUCUCUUUCUUUUUAAGUUACAGCGUUAACUGAAAGAAGAAAGAAAAUCAUAUCAAAUCCCAUUUCCCUUCGCCAUGAAUGCUGUAUUGCUUGCAGACCACAAAACCUUUUCUUUUUUUUCCCAAUCCUCCUUUCUCUGGCUCUAUUCAGUUUAUAUAACCGGAAUCAUUUCCUCAAACAAUUGUUAUCUCUCCAAAUGGUGAAGAACCCCUCUUCCCAAGACCCAGAAACCAUGUCGUACUGGGAUGCCUUGAAGAAGAUCAAGCGUCUCAAACCUCAAGAGCACUAUUUGGGCAUUCUUGGCUUUUUUGUUUUUACAGUCUUUUGCUUUCUUUGCUGCUUUUUCUACUUCGAUUACAAGUUUGUCUAUCGAGGGUUUCGGCAUCGUGCACAGUUGCAGAAACUUGUGUGGGUGGGAUUUGAUGGUUCAGCUAGAGUUGAAAGGCCUGAAUUCCUGGAAACAGGUGGUGAACAGUGUGAUUUGUUCAAUGGAGAGUGGGUUUGGGAUGAAGGGUAUCCACUGUACCAGUCCAAAGAUUGCAUGUUUCUGGAUGAAGGAUUUCGAUGUUCUGAAAACGGAAGGCCUGAUUCUUUCUACACUAAGUGGCGAUGGCAACCCAAAGAUUGCAAUUUGCCCAGAUUUGAUGCAAAGAAGAUGUUGGAGAACCUUCGGAACCGGCGGCUGGUAUUUGUUGGUGAUUCAAUUGGAAGAAACCAAUGGGAAUCCAUGCUCUGUAUGCUCUCAUCUGCAGUUCCUAAUAAAAAUUCAAUCUAUGAAGUGAAUGGUAGUCCAAUAACAAAGCAUAAAGGGUUCUUAGUGUUCAAGUUCAGGGAUUUCAACUGCACUGUGGAGUAUUACAGAGCCCCAUUUCUAGUGCUGCAGAGCCGACCACCAGCAGGACUUCCGGGAAAGGUAAAGACAACCCUAAAGUUGGAUCAAAUGGAUUGGAGCUCUGUACGGUGGAGAGAUGCAGAUGUUCUCGUCUUCAAUACCGGUCAUUGGUGGAACUUUGAGAAGACCAUUAGAGGGGGUUGUUAUUUCCAAGAAAGGGAGAAGGUAAAGUUUGAUAUGAACGUAGAAAGUGCAUACCGGAGGUCAAUCAAGACCUUGGUUGACUGGAUUGGUAGGGAAGUGAAUACAAGCAAGACUCAGAUCUUUUUUCGCACCUUUGCCCCCGUGCAUUUCAGUGGUGGCGAUUGGAGGACUGGAGGGAGCUGUCACUUGGAGACGUUGCCUGAACUGGGCUCGUCACGGGUGUUAUCCCAAUCGUGGUCCCAGUUCAGCAUAGCCAGUGACGUACUAAAGGCACACUCAAACAAGCCACAAAUGUUGGGGUUGGAUGUGAUUAAUAUAACCUAUAUGACUUCACAGAGGAAAGAUGGUCAUUCAUCCUUGUACUAUCUGGGGCCCAAGAUUGGGCCUGCCCCAAUCCAUAGGCAGGAUUGCAGCCAUUGGUGCCUCCCUGGGGUCCCUGAUGCAUGGAAUGAGUUCUUAUAUGCGCUAUUCUUGAAGCGGGAGGUUGCUCGCACUCAGAAAUCUGCGGUAUCUCAGGCACAUGAUAUGUGAAGAAGCUCUGUCCUCGCACACACACAGGGUGGCAGGACUGUAAUAGAUCAUAAUGAUGGCCAGCAAGAGUUAAUUUUUGAAGCAAAUGGUUUAAGAGAAUUGGACAUUGUUGUGAUAUGUUUCGAUGAGGUCGUGAUAAAGGGCUAAGUCCUUGGAUUUUUGUCACAAUAGUUAGUUAUCAAUCAGUGGAGUAACACCAACUUUCUGGUGCUUGUUGGAGGUGGUUCAUGCUUCAAACAUAGAGAAGCCCAUUUUCUGGGGCAGGUACACACCAUUUUUUGCCGUAAUACAAUAGACAACAGAGACGUAUAGAAAAAAUUGUCAUUGCAACGUAGCCAGCUUAGUUUCUCAGAGAAAUAAUGUAAGUAAUCGAAAUUCUACUGUUGUGUACAUUGUACAAAGAAAGGAUGGAAUAUUAUUACAAUUU